AUGUGGUCAUCAUCAAGUCACUGUAAUAAGGUAAUCAUUCACACUUUCCAAAUAGCUAUGGAUUGUGAUCGCGGCUAUCGUGUCACCGCUAUCCGUCGAACAAAGACUUACUAUAAUGUACUUGGAUCGAUCACUGUCGAAUGUGAACAGAUUGCUCGACCUGAAACAACAACUUGCGCGAAGCAACCCAGUAUUCCAAGAUGCAACGGUCAGAUGGAAGGAUGCGUAGGUGACACUUGGCUUGCAGGCUUCCACGCGUACCUGCUGGAAAAUGCGACACAAGUUAUUGUAUUGGAUCCUGUAUGCUGCACUUCUCCGAGUGUUAGACUUGAUUCGAAGGCCUGUAUUAACGAUCAAAUCAACACUGCUGUAAAUGACUUCUCACACUCAGUGGUAUCCGAUUUGACUUAUCGCGGUCUCCAAUGCUGGCAUCAAUACAGCACCAACAGAACACUGGUCGAUUUACUAUGGAAAAUGGAGGUGUGCCCUUUCCAGACAGUCGACUUUCCAUCGGUCACGGCUGAACAAAGCUGUGAAGAUUGCAAAUGUACUUGUGGUGUGCAGCAGUGCGCCAGUGGAGCGGAGCCAGUGCGAGUUAUUCACAAAAAACGGUUGGGUAAAUGUGGCUGCGACUGUAGAUGUUCAUACCGUUGUGUUACCUUUUAG